UGAUGCUGUGGAGGAAGAAGAGUGAGCAUUGGUUCAGUCCCUCCGGACCAAGAAAGAAUUUGACUGAAAAGCUAACAGGUGUCAGGGAGGGAGCUGGUUUGAGUUCGCCCGGGUUCUACGGCGGGAUGAGGAAGAUGACUUGAGAUUGGCCUGAAGGAGGGCCGCCUUCCUGCGCGGAAUGCAAUGUUACUUCUGAGGCAUUGAUGUUUUACAAUGCCUGAUCAAGACAAAAAGGUGAAGCCCACAGAGAAAACAGCUGAUAAAAAGCAGCAAGGGACCACCACCAGGGACUAUUCAGACCUUAAAAGACUUCGGUGCCUUUUGAACGUUCAGUCAAGCAAACAGCAGCUUCCAGCCAUCAACUUUGAUAGUGCCCAAAAUAGCAUGACGAAGUCUGAGACUGCCAUCAAGGCAGGGGGCCACAGAGCUCGUGGUCAGUGGCAUGAGUCCACAGAAGCAGUUGAACUUGAAAAUUUUAGUAUAAACUACAAGAAUGAGAGGAAUUUCAGUAAACAUCCACAGCAUCAGUUAUUUCAGGAGAUCUUUACGGCUCUGGUGAGAAACAGACUCAUAUGCAGAGAGUGGGUUAAUCGAGCUCCAUCCAUUCAUUUUCUGAGAGUGUUAAUUUGCCUGAGGCUGCUAAUGAGGGAUCCAUGUUAUCAGGAAAUACUCCAUAAAUUGGGUGGGAUUGAAGACCUAGCUCAGUACAUGGAGAUUGUGGCCAACGAGUACCUCGGCUAUGCAGAGGAGCAGCACUGUGUGGACAAGUUGGUCAACAUGACGUAUAUUUUUCAAAAACUUGCUGCUGUGAAGGACCAAAGAGAAUGGGUUACUGCAAGCGGAGCCCACAAGACAUUGGUGAAUUUACUUGGUGCCCGAGACACUAACGUCCUGUUGGGUACUCUUCUGGCACUGGCUAGCUUAGCAGAGAGUCCAGAGUGUAGGGAGAAGAUCAGUGAACUCAACAUAGUAGAAAAUCUCUUGAUGAUUCUGCAUGAAUAUGACUUACUCUCCAAAAGACUUACAGCCGAGCUCCUGCGAUUGCUGUGCGCUGAGCCGCAGGUGAAGGAGCAGGUGAAACUCUAUGAGGGCAUCCCCAUCCUGCUCAGUCUGCUCCACUCUGACCACCUGAAGCUGCUGUGGAGCGUUGUUUGGAUUCUGGUCCAAGUGUGUGAGGACCCAGAGACCAGCGUGGAAAUCCGUAUCUGGGGUGGUAUCAAGCAGCUCCUUCAUAUUUUACGAGGAGACAGGAAUUUUGUUUCUGACCGUUCCUCCAUCGGAAGCCUGUCCAGUGCGAAUGCCGCAGGCCGAAUCCAGCAACUGCAUUUAUCAGAAGACCUAAGUCCUGGGGAAAUACAGGAAAAUACUGUCUCUCUCCAAGCAGCUUGCUGCGCUGCCCUGACAGAGCUGGCACUCAAUGACGCCAACGCCCACCAAGUGGUUCAGGAAAAUGGUGUAUAUACAAUAGCAAAAUUAAUUUUACCAAACAAACAAAAGAAUGCAGCAAAAACUAAUCUACUGCAGUGUUAUGCUUUCCGAGCCCUGAGGUUUCUCUUCAGUAUGGAAAGGAACAGGCCGCUCUUUAAAAGACUUUUCCCCACCGACCUGUUUGAGAUCUUCAUUGACAUAGGACAUUAUGUUCGAGAUAUCAGUGCAUAUGAGGACUUGGUAUCACAGUUGAAUUUACUACUGGAAGAUGAACUGAAGCAAAUUGCUGAGAACAUUGAAAGCAUCAAUCAGAAGAAAGCACCACUCAAGUACAUAGGAGACUACGCUGUGUUGGACCAUCUGGGAAGUGGAGCUUUUGGCUGUGUUUAUAAGGUUAGAAAACGUAGCGGUCAAAAUCUCUUAGCAAUGAAGGAGGUCAAUUUACAUAACCCAGCGUUUGGGAAGGAUAAGAAAGACCGAGACAGCAGUGUGAAGAACAUAGUUUCUGAAUUAACAAUAAUUAAGGAGCAGCUUUAUCAUCCCAACAUUGUACGUUAUUAUAAAACAUUUUUGGAAAAUGACAGAUUGUAUAUCGUCAUGGAACUUAUAGAAGGAGCCCCACUUGCAGAGCACUGUAGCUCUCUGAAGGAAAAACAGCAGCAUUUCACGGAAGAAAGACUGUGGAGAAUAUUUAUACAGCUCUGCUUAGCUCUUCGGUACCUGCACAAGGAGAAGAGGAUUGUCCACAGAGAUCUGACGCCGAACAACAUUAUGCUGGGAGAUAAGGACAAGGUGACAGUUACUGACUUUGGCCUGGCAAAGCAAAAGCAGGAAAGCAGUAAGCUCACGUCUGUGGUGGGAACCAUCCUCUAUUGUUGCCCAGAGGUCCUGAAGAGUGAGCCGUAUGGAGAGAAGGCUGAUGUCUGGGCUGCAGGCUGCAUCCUUUAUCAGAUGGCGACUCUGAGUCCUCCCUUCUGCAGCACCAACAUGCUGUCCUUGGCUACUAAAAUAGUGGAGGCAGUGUAUGAGCCAGUGCCAGAAGGCAUCUACUCUGAAAAAGUGACAGAUACCAUUAGCAGGUGCCUCACUCCUGAUGCAGAAGCCCGUCCGGAUAUUGUAGAAGUUAGUUCCAUGAUCUCAGAUGUUAUGAUGAAGUAUUUAGACAACCUCUCCACAUCCCAGCUGGCUUUGGAGAAGAAACUGGAAAGGGAGAGGAGGCGCACACAGAGAUAUUUUAUGGAAGCCAACAGGAAUGCUGUCACAUGCCACCAUGAGCUGGCUCUGCUGUCCCAGGAAACCUUUGAGAAGGCAAGCUUGAGCAGCGGCAGCAGUGGGGCAGCCAGCCUGAAAAGUGAGCUUUCAGAGAGCGCAGAACUACCUGGUGAGGGCUUCCACGCGAUGCAGUGUGGGAAGGAGGAGGACAGGACCUGCGAGGAGGUGCUGUCGGAGGAUAACUUCCACCUGGAGAGUGUGGAGAAAGAUCUGUAUUCUGAACUGGACGAUGAGCUGGACAUCUUGGACAACUGUAGCAGCUCCAGUUCAAGCCCUCUGAAGGAGUCUACAUUCAGCAUUUUAAAGAGAAGUUUCAGUACUUCAGGAAGAGAAAGGCACUCACAGGCCAGGGACUUCAUUGGUGGCGUAGGAUCAAGACCAAGACCAGCAUCUGCAGGCAUCGCGGUAUCCCAGAGGAAAGUGCGGCAGAUCAGUGACCCCAUUCAGCAGAUUCUCAUCCAGCUGCACAAAGUCAUCUAUAUCACACAGCUCCCCCCAGCUCUGCACCAUGACCUGAAGAGAAGGGUUAUAGAGAGAUUCAAGAAAUCCCUGUUCAGCCAGCAGAGCAACCCUUGUAACCUCAAAUCUGAAAUUAAGAAGUUAUCUCAGGGGUCUCCAGAAACAAUUGAGCCAAACUUUUUUACAUCAGAUUACCACUUACUACAUCAUUCACUGUCUGCAAACAGCUGGUCCCAAAGUGACCCCACAGGUCCCCCCAGCAGCCUUGAGUUGGAAGAGGGGCUCACGUACGAGCAGAUGCAGACUGUGAUUGAAGAGGUCCUGGAAGAAAGUGGCUAUUACAAUUUUGCAACCAACAGAUCUUCUAGAUGUCACUCUUAUCCAUGGGGGACCAGGAAUUACCCAACCAAAAGAUAAGAGCAUUGCGUUGGAGCAGGUGGAGUUUCCCAGCAAGUUCAAGCUCUAGGCUUCAGCCAAGACUGCAGGAUGCCCAGGACUGGCUAGAAUGACACAGGCGAGACAAAGACUCGCAGAGCUACAGGAGUGCUCUCACACUGCUGCAGGGGUGUGUGGCAACCCGCAGUGCUGAGUCUCUGUCCUCUGAGGGCAUUGCACUCUCAAUGAUGAGCUAGCAGUGUGCUUUGGGGAGAAAACACUGCAAAAUGGCUCCCGGGGCAGCAGAUGGGAGUAGCACAGGACUUUUCUCAAGGUCAAUCAUAAAAUCAACUUAUAUUUUUCAAAGGAACAUUUUAUAUUCAUGAUUGAUGGCUAUGCUUAAAAGUAAUCUUGCCUUCCAUUUAUACAAAAUAGUCUUAGAUAAAACUAUUACAUGACCUAGUGCAAAAUGCUACGUUUUCCAUUGUGUUUUUAAUCUUAAGAGAAAUUCAAAAUAUGAUAGUUUGUAAAUGAAAUGUUUCUCUCUGAUCCAUUUGGGUGCUAGAGGUUCUGAGACAUGACACAGUGCAGACAGUAUUUGUAACCUUGCACACAUCUGGAGUAGCUGUCAUUGUAACUUUGCACACAUCUGGGAGUAGCUGUCAUAUAACCUUGCACACAUCUGGGAGCAGCUGUCAGAUACUCUGAUUGCAGCUAGACUGGUAGAAUCUACUGGUGUAGAACGUGUGUGUGUGUGUGUGUGUGUGUGUGUGUGUGUGUGUGUGUGCACAUAGGUCCAGGGAAGGAGGGAGGUCUGAUUGGGUGGCAUUUUGCUGUUAAUGAAGCUUGCAAUAUUUCUAGACCACUUUGAAGAAGUCAUAAACUAUGAAAGCAGUGACAGCCCUUACUCUAGAUCUUACCAAAUUACCUAUGUGUAAGAUAAAUACUUAUUGUUUGGGAAUCCUCCCAAAUUAUAAAAUGAAAUAUAAGUUCCUUCUUUUCCCAUUGAGAUGGCCUAAAAGAAAAAGUCAUAAUGCCAAAUAGCAUCCCACUUCUAUUGAGAGAGGAUUUGCUAGGCCACUGAGUUUAAAUUCCUCCUUUUCAAGUGGCCUCCAAUAACUCUAGUAUAGCCCCAACCCAUAUUGUACAUGUCCCCACUUCAGAAGCAAUUCAUUGCAUGCAAUUAGCACACUGGAAGAUGAAAUUACACAUUUAACUUCCCAUUGAUUUCUGUUGUAUUUAAUUACAUUGAUAUAUUUUAGCAUAAUUGAAUAGUACAAUAUAUAUUGGCAGUCAUUGAGACACAAUAUAACCUUCCUGAAUAGUAUGCAAAUCACUUAAUGUGAAUUCAUCCUAUUUUUUAGAAUUAGAAUGUUUAACAUUUAAAUUAUAUCCCAAUUCUCUUUGAUCAUAAACUAACUAGUGCCUUUCGUGGUUACUAAUGAAUAUUUUCUUUAAGCCAAGAUAACAGUUAAAAUACAUCAAUUUAAAUAUUAAAUAGAGUGAUGAAAAAAAUUUCAAUUUUACUUCUCAAAACAAUCCCAUCCAUAUAUGAAUUUCACAUACAGAAUCCAAACACCAUUAUUGACUAGCUGAAGCAAAGUUUUAUUUCUCUGCUCAGUCAUUUUGUAGAUCACCUGAUUUGUGGUGGGAGACCUAGGCCUAGAGGGACGUGGACUUGAGUCACGAGGAAGUCCUUCAUAGAAUGCAGUAAGCUGGGGGUGAAUACUCAAAUAAUCAAAUUCUUUCUCAAAUGGUAAUAUAUAGACAGAAUGGCAUUCAUUGCCUUGGUAAAGAAAAAAAUAUUAAUUGAAGUAUUUUUUUAAAUGAGUACAGUCUACAGAUAGAAAAGUAAAAGAUACAUAGUUUCUCCAUAUCUCCUAUAGGCCAUAGGAAUGGCAUCUAUCACAGAACAAGCUAGUACAAUUAGCAAAGAGAAGCCAACACAUACCCCUGUAAAAGGGCUCAUACCAACCAUGCAAUGGCUGGUUGGUGGUGCUGAGGUGCAGGCUGUGUAUGCUACCCUUGAGUUCUCCCAAGUUUCUGCAGUCACUGACCCUCAUCCUCCGUGUGUAAGGAAGCCUUGGAAUGCGGCCUCUCCCCAGCAGUGAAGUUAGCCUUUCCAAAGCGCUCUCUGUGAUUUCAGGCAAGAAUGAAAACAGCCUUUUUGUCUUGAUCAGCUGAAUUGUCUUUUGUGCAAAGAAGUGGCUACUUGAGAUUAACACGCCUCAUAAUCUGUUCUCGAUUGCAUUUACAUUUUCCCUUUUUGUCUUGUAUAAUUUUUAAUGAUUUGUUGUAGAAUGAAAUCCUGUCAAUUGUUGAAUCCAUCGCAUUCCCAGUGACCGAAUAUUGUAUGGGGUAGAAUUUGAAUUAAUCUCUUCACAUAACUUUUGGUGCACAAAUGCUUUCAGCUAAUUAUGUUUGGAUCCAGCAGCUCUUAGUGUGCAUUUGUACUUGAAACUUCCAUUCACUCUUUCAAAGCAAAAUGUCCCAUUCUCAGGAAACUGGCGGUAGCAAGUAUUUGUCUUUAGUCUUGUGGCAGAUAUGCAGUGCCUUUGGGAGGAGCACCUCAAGAAUAAAGAGGGACAGACAGACAGACACAGCUGAGGGAAGAAUUUCAGACACACACUCAUACAUGUACACUGGAGGAUGUUGUUAUGCAGUUUAUACAAGUUAAGGUCUUCCUGCAUAAGUGCCACCUGGAACUCACUGGAUGCAAUGACUUUUAACACUCAAAUAGGGAACUGGAGGACUGCUAUGUCCAAUUCCAUCGAUAGCACCACUUAUUUUAAACUUAAUGUUAAGAUUUGUAAAGGCAAUCAUAUUGACUAGUCAAUUCUAUCAGUAUUAAUAUGCAUAGAACAUAUACAUUCCCCCCCUCUUUAUUUUCUCUUCUUCUCUGGAAUUGCAUAAAGUGAACAUGUUGGGUUCCUUUAGAAAUACCCACAUCUUCUAUCCAUCUGAAGAUAGAAAAAAAUUGUUUCAAAGGAACUUUGACUAUUCACCUCUUGCUUUUUGAAAAUGUUGGUUUUCAUGAGUACCCAAAUCAGCUGCUAGGUAGUGCAAGGCCACUUGGGUGGGACAGCUUCACAGCACCCAGAGUGUGCAGCAGAGAGAAGAAGCUGGAGGAUACCACACUCUGACCUUAAUCCUAUGUGGCAUUCUGUCUGAACAUCAGAUCUCUAUGUUACAGACAUGGAUGUGAUGCGUAUGCAUUUGUUGUAAAACCUUCUGGAUUGUGUUAAUGCUCUUUUGGUGUAAAGUGACAGCUUUGGAUAAAUUGUUUUUAAAAUUAAAAUGUUCAGCUAGCACAUGCCAUGGUCUGGAAAUACGAGUUGCAAGUCACCUAUGUCUCAAGGAAGCAACUUCAUGGUGAAGAGAGUCUUGUGAAUGUGCAUGUUGUAAUGUAACAUGCAAGUUGCAUGUUUACAUGACUAUUUACAUUCUGCUGAUGUUGCUUUUGAGAUUUCUAAGAGAGACAGGAAAGAUUCUGUGGUUUUUGGUGAGGUGACAGAUGGACACUGACAGUGCAAGCAUCCUUUGGGUCUUUGGGCAACAGUCAUUUGCAAAAGUGAGGACGGCACACCCUAAAGUCCCAGUGGCCUCUUCACAUGGGGACACACUAGCCUUGACACCUGUGCAGCAUUUGGCUGAUUAAAUUGAGAUGAUUAAGUUCACCUUAUAUUGUAAAAGCUAGUUGAAAGUGGGAUAUUAUUUUUCUGAAAGCAAGAUGUUCCCUUUCCUCUCAUUAUGUCCCAUGAAGCCAGCUCUGCUCUGUGUCUGGCUACCAUGGUCAGGAGUAAGAAAAGCACGCACGAUCAGUGUGGCUGCUACAUGAGCUCUUGAAGGUAGCUUAUCUGCUCCUAAACAAGACGUUUUAUGGUUAUGGAAAGUCAUGCCUUGCUGCCCCUUUGAUGAUCAGUAGGCAAGAUGGCUGCUUGGAAUUGAUAUGGUAAGAUCGCUAGUGAAUACUGCUAAGUGUUGGGAAAAUGUCAAGAAGGAACUGUCCCACUAAACAGAGAAGUUUAUACCAGAACUAAUAAUCCAAAGAAGGCAAUGCCUAUGGGCUUGGCACUGUGUAAACAUUCAGUGAAGGCCCCUUACAGACUAUCUUAUCCCACCAUUUAGCUCUACACUCCAAGCGCCAUUGGAGCCAAGGUUCUAAGAAAAAUAUACGAGACAUGUGAGUUUUAGCUAAGUACCUGACAUUUCCCGUCAUGCUUACCUCACACUUUAGUGGAUUUGAGCAGAAAUAGGACUGCUAGGGUAGCCUCAUGUUGUGACAGGACACAGUGUUUGUGGUGACCCUGAAGUCCUGCCUUGUAAAGAUGACAGAUCUUCCAAGGAAGUUAUUCAAUUCCCAAACACAAUCUUGCUUCCAGUAACUGGAGGGCCAACAUUCCCAGGGCAGAGCAUCACCCAGAAGUGCCUCAUUGAGGAGCAGCUGACAGAAGGAAGCCUCUAGGUAGAGCCAGACGCCCUAGUGAUCCCUGCUGCUGUGUCUCCUGGGCUAGCAGCUGCGCAUGGCCACAGCAAGCUGGCCUCCCAGACAUCAGCAUGGAAUGUUGGUGGCUCUUCAGGGCUGGUCCCUGAGAGGCAUAGAGGCUCUGUGCUCCAUGUAGGGCUGCUGCUGCUUUUUAGUACCUAGGACUGAGCUCAGAGUCUUGCACAUACUAAACAAGCCCUUUGUUGCUGAGCAAGAAACAAGCCCCAAAGCAGCAGUUCGAUCUGCCUGUAAGUGAACAUGGCGGCGCCUCUGGGGCCUACUUUUCUUCCCCUUCUUCCAACACAGGCUCAUUUUAUGUGACAAUAAAAAUGUUACCAAACAAUUUGUGAAGAAUUUGAAUGGUUAGAUGCAGAGACAUGUGAACACGGUUGCUCAGUCAGAUCGGGAAAGGGACACUGUGGGCAUUUUCAUGAUUUGCCAGUGGCUGUUUGAUGACUAGCCGCCUAAAGAUCCCGCCAUUUUAUCCCUCCAAAUUGGGAAACAGGAAAAAAGUCUUUGCAGUAUUUUGCUUGCUGACAUUUAGUGGAGAAAAUCUGAAUUGCAAGGCCUCCUGCAUUCUGUUGUGCCCCGUGAAGAUGAAAAGGAGUGGUGCUGUCCUCCAAGAGCAAGUGGAGGCUCCUGCAGUGCAGAGCUGUUUCCCGAUGGCCCUGUGUCCAAGACUAAGGUCCGUGCCUGUACCAGGCUCCCAGGCUCCCUGUGUGCCUUCUUCUCAGUCUCUGCGAUAGGCUUUUGUUCUCCCUAGCACCUCCCAUUCAGGUCACCCAGCCUUGCCCACCCUCAUGCCCUCAUUGCAAGGAACAGACUGUGACCCUCCUGAAGGGGGUCUGCAUUUCAGGGGGAUACUGGUGGUUUCACUGUUGUAGAAGGUAGUGAGUGUGCCUGCCAGCUGUCCCCCAAAGCUCCCCAUGAACACUGCGAGUCUCUAAUGCAAUCACCCAGGCAUAGACCGAAAAAAGGGAAAGAAAUGCUUCUAUAAAAGACUCACAUGAAAGAUGAAAACAAAUGUUAUUUUUUUUGCUAUUGUGUAAAUGUGCUCUGUUAAAGGCUAAAGAAAUAAAAAUGUAUUUUCAAGUUA